CGUUGGGCAACUACCUCAGCAAAACACCGUCUUUCUGCAUCCGGGUCAGUGGACAGUAAUGGCGGCCACCAUUGAGACAGCAGUCGGCAUGAGCAAUAUGCUGCAAUUCAUGAAACUUAUCGGACAGCUCAAAAGGGUCCCACGGACGGGCUGGGUGUACAGGAACGUGAAGAAACCAGAGAGUGUAUCAGACCACAUGUACCGCAUGGCCAUGAUGUCUCUGACCAUCACAGACCCCACAGUGGACAAGGACAGAUGUAUAAAGCUGGCUCUGGUUCACGACAUGGCAGAGUGCAUUGUGGGAGAUAUCGCUCCAUCAGACAACAUCAGUAAAGCAGAGAAACACAGACGAGAAGAGGAGGCGAUGAAGCAUCUAUCAGCUCUACUGCCGGAGGGACUCAAAAAGGAGAUUUAUGGACUCUGGGAGGAAUAUGAAACCCAGAGCAGCCCGGAGGCCAGGUUGGUGAAAGAGUUUGACCUCCUGGAGAUGAUCCUGCAGGCUCAUGAGUAUGAGGAGCUAGAGGGAACACCGGGAAGACUGCAGGAGUUCUUUGACUCCACCAACGGUCGUUUCCACCACCCAGACGUGCUCCAGCUGCUCAGCUCUCUAAAUGAAGAGAGAGGCUGUAAAUUGACUAAAACGGAUGAAACAAAAAAUUCAGGCAACUCGCAGACGACUGGCGAGUCACCUUCCCAGCCAUGUAAGACAUGACUGUAACACACACACGCCUCCUUAGUGGAGGGACUCUAACACAAUAUGUUUGUUGGAUGAUGCACAAAUUCAAUACAGGAAAACAACCCAGUGGAAAACCAUCUUCUGCAUCUCCCCUCAUUUCUGAGCCAUUUGCUGCAGUACAACUGUGAACGAUGGCACAUGGAUAUCUUCUAUGUGCAUGCAGCGGUUUUGGCCCAUUAAAGGAGAAUCCAUACUGUCCUGGAAAGUACAGUACCACUAUCUAUAAUAAAUACAUUCUGACAACUA